CUUACUGUGUGGUUGCAUACAGAUGAGCUGGCAACCAGUUUGAGCUGACCUGUUGACUCAUAAAAACCAUCAGGGCCUAAGGCUGUCUCACUGCAAACACUAGACCUGUUGGACCAAAGUACCAAGGGACCUGUCACUCCAGGAAUCUGCUGUUCACUUGGGGAAAUAGUGGGACAGCUGGGCUUUGCCCUGACUGCAACUCUUGCAUCUCACACGGUUUCCUGGAAACAUCAUCCUCCAUUGCUAAAUUGGAGCAGGCCAUCUCUGAAGGUUCCACGACUCUGGGGUUCCAGUCAUCUGACAUCUCCCAAUAGACACAAAAAGUAUCAGCAACAUAUGCAGCUUUAAGAAUCACCCACUGGGCCCUGAGGGACACAGGCAGAUUAGAGUGUUGACAGAAAGGAUGUUUAAAUACCUCCGGAAAUAUUUUGCUGUACACCUUUUUGGAUGUUCCCAACGGAGAAUAAGGCUUGUCUCCAAAGAUGGAAGGUGUAACAUAGAGUUUGGCAAUGUGGAAGCACAAUCAAGGUUUAUCUUCCUUGUGGAUAUCUGGACAACAGUACUUGACCUCAAGUGGAGGUACAAAAUGACCAUUUUUAUCACUGCCUUCUUAGGCAGCUGGUUUCUCUUUAGCCUUCUGUGGUAUGCCGUAGCCUACAUACAUAAAGAUCUCCCAGAGUUUCAUCCAUCUAGCAACCAUACUCCAUGUGUGGAAAACAUUAAUGGCUUAACCUCAGCUUUCCUAUUUUCUCUAGAAACACAAGUUACCAUUGGUUAUGGUUACAGAUGUGUGACAGAACAAUGUGGCACUGCUAUCUUCCUUCUUGUUUUCCAGUCCCUCCUUGGAGUAAUUAUCAACGCUUUCAUGUGUGGUGCCAUCUUAGCCAAGAUCUCCAGACCAAAGAAACGAGCCAAAACCAUCACCUUCAGCAAGAAUGCUGUCAUCAGCAAGCGGGGAGGGAAGCUCUGUCUCCUGAUUCGAGUGGCUAAUCUCAGGAAAAGCCUCCUAAUUGGCAGUCACAUCUAUGGGAAGCUUUUGAGGACCACGGUCACACCUGAGGGGGAGACCAUUAUUUUGGACCAAAUCAAUAUCAACUUUGUGGUUGAUGCAGGCAAUGAAAACUUGUUUUUUAUUUCCCCACUGACCAUUUAUCAUGUUAUUGACCAUAACAGCCCCUUCUUUCACAUGGCAGCUGAAAAUAUUCUCCAGCAAGACUUUGAGUUGGUAGUAUUUUUAGAUGGAACAGUGGAAUCCACCAGUGCCACCUGUCAGGUGCGAACCUCCUAUGUCCCAGAGGAAGUGCUAUGGGGCUAUCGUUUUGCUCCCAUAGUGUCCAAGACCAAGGAAGGGAAGUAUAGAGUGGAUUUUCAUAACUUCAGCAAGACAGUGGCAGUCGAGACUCCCCAUUGUGCCUUAUGCCUCUACAAUGAGAAAGAUGCCAGAGCCAGGUUGAAGAGGGGCUAUGACAAUCCCAACUUUGUCCUGGCAGAAGUCAAUGAAACAGAUGAUACUCAAAUGUAGUUGUGGUCAUUUAGCAUAAGCAAAGCAAAAUUACUAAGGCAUAAUAGUUUAGAAGCACAGAGAAGUAAAUCAGAAUUUGGGAGACACCUAAACAGGACAAGAAGUUUCAAAGAAAGUUAACAAGUCCUAUUAUUCUUUGCAUUCUGUGGUCUGACUUUAUAUAACUCAGCACUUUGAAUUCCAGUAAGUAGAAAUAUAUAGGAGUCUCAAAUCAUCUGAAUGUAAGUUCCUUGAGGGCAGAAGCUACUUCAUUUUUGCCUCAAUAUUCCUAGAGGCUAGCCUAGUGCCUUCACUUUCUUAAUUUUCAGGGCCUGUUGAUUAAUUGAAAUGAAAUGAAUAUUUGAAAUAAGCAAAUUCCAAUGCACUACCCUUGCAAUAUGGAAGUUCUUUAUAGUAAUAUUGACAACUGACACAUGGAUGGGCAUGAAAAGAAGAUCUCUCCAAAUUUUUUACUUUGCAUUAAUUCAGAACCAUUGCAAGAUUGUAUGUAAAUGAGCCUUUACCUAAGUAAAGGAAAAUGGGAAAUUGAGGUAAUUAUCUACAUAAUUCAUCCAGAGGGAGAAAAUUCACAUUUUAAUCAGGAGGAAAAAAAGGGAUAUGUUUUCAUGAUUAUCUAGUCUGGCUGUCUACAUUGUCGUUAAUUAUGUCUUGACUGUCCCCUUCACUUUUUUUCUAAACCCAUACCUUCUGUAUUAAAAUCAAUACUGUGUAUUGGUUCCAAGGCAGAAGAAUGGUAAAGGUUAGGCAAUGGGGAUUAAGUGACUUGUCCAGGGUCAUACAAUUUGGAUGUGUCUGUGGCAAAAUUUGAAUCCAGGACCUCCCAUCUCUGAGCCUGACUCUUAAUACACUGAGCCUUUCCUUUCACUUUUAAUACUUUUAAUUUAUCCAAGCCCCAGUGAAAACAAGCCCCAAUAAAUGCACUGCAAGGAUCACUAACCAGUAAUUAUGAAUUUAGAGAUAGAAGGGAACUCAAUGACAUCUAAUCCAACUUGAUUUCUAUGUAAGGAAAACUGAAGUCCCAAGCGGUAAACUUAUUGAAAGAUCCAGCCAUAGAUAAACUCAUGCUGAAUGAUUUUUUUUUUCAGGAAAGUUCUGUGUGGUUCAUGAAUUAUUCAGAAUGGCAGGGAACACACAAAUAUCACUUUGAAGUUCAAAAAUAGGACCCCAAAGAAUGAUUGUCUUAUUCCUUACCACCACCUCUCAAAGAAAUUGUGAAUUUCUCAGGGUAAUGUUAUUCUCACUUGAUUCAGUUGAUGCUGAAAAUCAAGAAUCAUCUCUCUUAUAAUACUCUGCCUUCCCUCAAAUGAAACAUGGGCUGAACUAGAGGAGAGAACCCAGGGUGCCAGAAAGAAGAGGAGGCUGUUGAACAAAGGGAGUAACUGUGUGGCUAAACCAUGCAGAUCCAACUUUAAAAAUAACUCUUGGGCUAUGAGCCACACUUCCCGCUCCUGGCUGUCGGUACCCAGAAAGGUCCAGCAAUUGCUCAAUACAGAUGAGCCCACUUGGGCUGUGUCUACCCACACCUACAGUGCAGUGGAGAUCUGGAGCCUAACCCAUUUUCUGAAAGAGCCAAAAAAAGUCAAGACCCAACUUGGAUUUUGGCCAAUUUAACAGCCUCAAAUUUCUGUUUCACGUUGUAAGUAUAGACAGACACAUCUUAAGUCACUGGAUUGGAAGCUGCAUCCAUACUUCCUUGAAAAGAUAAAUAUUUGAUUUGAAAGCUGUGAUAAUGUUUUCCUGAAAGACAUUUUAAUGUUCUCUCUAUGUUGGCUGGGAUUAUAAGCAAAAAUUCUGUUAUAUUGGGUAUUGCCUUUCUGCCUGAGAGAUCCAGUAAGGAGUUUAAAGGUAUGAAGCUUUACUUGAAACGGAAGCUCGGGAAAGCCUCAGAGAAGGUUCAUUGGACUUCCCUAUCUGGACUUGUUUUAGUUCAGCUCUUUCCAAAAGAGAAGUGAGAACAGACAAUGAAUGCAGUGAAAUGUAGCAGGCAACAAACUGAUCAGUCUUCCAAUUCUCUUCUCCAUUCCUCUUUCUUCUCUUACCCAGGAUAUGACUGUAUUGGGUUUCACUCAGUUCCUUUCUGCUACCAUUUUGUAUGAACUACAGAGUACCUAAUUCUAAGUAGGUAUUAACUUAUUGUCAGAGUGUUGAUUAAUAUAUAAAAUCUGUAAAUACUUAAUGCUUUUUUAAAAAAAAGCAACAUUUAUUGUUACAGAAUAAACUUAUUUUAAAAAAACAA